UACACAGGAAGGUACCGGUCUUAAGGAUGUGCUUCCGGAGGCGUGAGGAAACUUUAUGGGCGUGUGACAUGAACCGGGAGGAACUUGAUUUCCAGGUAACAGACACGCAGGAGCUAGUUCAGGCUGUGGAGACGUUAAUGCAGUACCACUUUCCUACUACCGAAGGUCCUUUGUGGUGUGCACGUCUCCUUCCUGCCAGUGACCCUGGCUGCAGUUUCCGGCAGGAGUUGUCUGCCACUUUUCCCUACACCCGCACAUUACUGCUGGCCAAUCACCACGGCAUCGCCGAUGGUACCUCAAACAUGUACAUUGUGAACGCAUUCCUCAACGUGUUGGACGACAUGCUCUCCGAUAAGGCCGUCGACGACGCAGUUCAGCUGGGCAGGAUUGAUGCUGGAGAGGAAACCAACGAUAUAAUUACAACCCGGAUGAUGGAACUGAUGGAGGACGAAGACCAGUACCAGCAGCUACGAGAGAAUAUGAAAAAGUCAAAACAAGAUGAAAAAUUAAUCCCACGUGCUUAUCCGAUGGCGAAAGAUCCUGCUUUUUAAGAGUCAGAUAGUCCUGCGUGACCUGGACAAGGAGACCACCCAAACCUUCAUCAGCAAGUGCAAAGAAGAGCAAAUUACGUUGAACAGUGGACUACUGGCGGUGUUCAACACAAGUCUCGUUGACUUCGUGUUGGAAGGAGGCCUAGAACAAGACUUUUACAGAAUCCAAGAGCUUCAUGCUGUUAACAUGAGACGUUAUUGGUCAAGUAACACAUCGGGAGCACUGGGUGCUCACAGAAUGAUGAUGAGGAACGUUGUCUCGACGCCUCUUAAUUGGAAGGACCACUUUUGGGACUAUGCCAGAAGCAUCCAUAAAAAUAUCACUAAAAGUCCUCAAGAAAAGUAUGCAGUGACGUGUGAAUUAUUAUUGUUGGGUGGAGGAAAUGUAGAAGAUAUUUUUGCAGAACGAUCAUCACCAGAGUAUGACUAUGCUACAUCCAACAUGGGUAACAUAGACCAUAUCAUCCUGUCAGAAAGGCAUAAGGUAAGGCUCCAGCAUCUUUUCGUGGUUACCU